GACUGCGUAAAAGAAAGAAAGCGCUGCCGGUGACCGCGUCUCGCUAGAGUUGGGUUGCAAGCGCGCACGCGCUGUGGAUUUUUGAGAAACACUAUCUGUCCUUCGUGCGUUGGGCAUUCGUCGGCCAGUCGUCCACGCGACCGACACACAGGAUCGAGGCGACGACCUGCUACACCGGUGCACUCGAACAUGGAAGGCGAAUCUGAAAUCGCGGAGUUUUUCGCCGGCACUAGCGUCUUCCUCACUGGGAUCACUGGAUUUCUCGGCAAGGUGGUGUUGGAGAAGCUGUUGCGGUCAUGCCCCGACAUCGGUAACGUCUACGUCCUGGUGCGUGAGAAGAAGGGCCUGAAGGGCAAGGACCGUCUCAACCAGAUCCUCAAUGAGAAGCUGUUCGCCCCCCUGCAAGAUGAGCGCCCCGAGAUGUUCAGCAAGGUGGUGGUGGUGCCAGGCGACCUGGGCGAGCCGGACAUGGGCAUCUCCAACGCAGACCGGGAGCGCAUCAUCCAAGACGUGUCCGUCGUCAUACACGGCGCCGCCUCGGUGCGCUUUGACGAGCCACUCAGGGUUGCCGUCAACGCCAACGUGAGCGCGACCAAGCGUGUCAUCGACCUUUGCUACGAGUUGCAGAACCUGAAGGUCUACGUCCACGUGUCGACGACCUACUGCAACUGCCAUCAAAAGGAGCUCAGAGAAAUAGUCACACCUGCACAAAUCAGCCCGUCGAACCUGCUCAACAUCGCAGAGUGGAUGGACGAUUCGAUGCUAGAAGCUCUGGAGCCGAAGCUGUUCGAGGGUCGCCCCAACUCGUACACAUUCACCAAGGCUGUGGCCGAGAUGCUGGUCCAAGAGCAUGCUACCUCGCUGCCGGCUGUCAUCGUCAGACCCUCCAUCAUCACAGGCACCGCCAAAGAACCAUUCGCGGGGUGGGUAGACAACUACAAUGGUCCCACCGGGCUUUUGAUCGCUCUGGCCAAAGGUGUACUAACAUCUGUCUACGGAGACAUCAACAAGGUCACCGACUUUAUUCCAGUGGACAUGGUUGCCAACUGCGUUAUCGCAGCAGCCUGGCAAAGAGGCUCUGGACGGAGCCAGAAGAUGACCGUGUACAACAUGAGCUCCGGCGCCGACAACCCGCUGACAUGGCAGUACUUCUUGGACUGUGUGCAGAAGAUGCCCUACAAGAUCCCGUCCAAACUGACCCUCCGCUACCCACAGCCGCGCCACACCAACAGCAAAUUGUUGCACAGGAUCCGCAUGUUCUUCCAGCACUACCUCGUCGCCCAGGCAGGAGACGUGGCCUUGUGGGCCAUCGGAAAGAAGCCCAUGCUGUCGAGGCUAUACGUGAAGGUCGAGAACCACCUCGACAUGCUGGAGUUUUUCAGCACCAACGAGUGGUACUUCUACAAUGAAAACGUCAGGGCCCUCUACAGUGAACUCAACGCCACAGACAAGGACGUGUUCAACUUCGACGUGAAGACGAUCGAGUGGAAGCCGUACCUUCUGUCCUACUGCUUCGGCAUCCGAGAAUAUGUGCUCAAGGAGGACCUGUCCACCAUCAAGGAGGGAAAGCGACAGCUGGCAAGGCUUUACGUUGUGAGCAAGGUGAGCAACCUGCUGAUCCUUCUUGGAACCUGGCGGGUGCUCAAGAUGAUCUCCCUGGAUCCUAUUGACAUGAUCUACACGGCCAGCAGCUACGUCCAAGAGCUCAUCGACGCCUUCUGAAUCAUUGCGACGGCCUUCUCUCGUUUUUUGCCCCCAUUUUAUGCUUUGUUCCUUGGCGGGAGGAAACUCCGAAACCUUAUUUACACUUUCACAGCUUGACAAAGAAUACUUUUCAGAGCUCGGAAAACGAUAAUCGCGCUGCUUGAUUCUGUGACUCUGUCGUGGCCAUUCAAGUUACUGGCCUCUGCGAUCGCAAAGAUUGCACUGCUUCCUUAAAUCUGUAUCUUGCAGAAGAAAGUUGUUCUGCUUUUCCAGCUGUAACUGUACGCGUGACAGGAGAAAAAAAUCGGAAUGUGAAAGUUGCUAGGAAAGAAUUGGCCGGUUGUACGUCUGGUUAGGCUUCCAGUAAAUUGCCGAGGGUUCUUAUAUGCGUUAUCGUGUGCGACAUGGGUUAUGGGCUUCGCAAACCUCGGUGCUGUGUGUCCCUGACGCGGAGGGAUCCAGAUUCUGCGUGCCUUCCGUGUUUCGGAAACGCCAGUGGCACGUGCCCCGGCUUGACUCCGUGGAGCUGACAGAGGGCCUCAGUGUGGCGCGCAGUCGUAUCAUAGCAGCGCGCACGUAAAACGGAAUACCGGUAGACGUCUUCGGGAACAGCGGCGCUGCUGAUGCCUUAUCGUGACCCUGUGAUCAACUAUAUUAGACGCAUGAAGCGUUUUAAGUAGCGCCACACUUCUUCGAAAAAUAAAGUGGGAAAAGUCACUUCAUACGGAUUGCAGUCGAACGCCUUUAUAACGAAGUGCUUGGCCCCUCCGAAAUCCUUCGUUAUACAGGUCACCUUGUUGGAAAAGUGUGGCAUCGCACCCCUAACUAGACAACCGGGGGAUAAAAUUAUUCUUCGUUAUACAGUUCAAUUAGUUGUGUAGGCGUUCUAUGUAGAGGCGUUCGACUGUACUUUGUUGCCGACAUGCGUCCACCAACAGCAAAGUGUACAGAGCCGGCCGUUGCACUGCAGGUUUCACACGCGUUCCUCGAAAAACGAUGCCUCAGCCUGUUGGCAAACAUUGCUGCUGUUUGCGUCUGCGUCUUUUGGCAUUCUGAUGUCCGAAUACGUUAGUACGUCUUGGCUCUGUUUACAUCGUCUAAUAAAUAUGGGACCAAAGUCCGAGUUGGAGGCCCCGUUGAGAACAGUACUUUAGCCACAGUGAAUACCGGGGUGUUUUGAGUACCCCUUCGCCAGUACGAUUCUGAGUGCCUUGGAACAGCGAAUGCUAAUUAGCCCUUGCACUUUUGCGUUUGUAACCGUCAGACGCUACCUUCUCAAAGAAGCGCGCAGAUGUACAUAUUGCAUAUUUAUGGAUUUCACAAAGCAGCGUAUGUGUGCAGGCUUCUCCCCUUUUUGGUUGCGGCACUAAGGCAGUGUCCGUCAUGGAGGUACGAGUGUACGCGUGCGCAAGACUUGGUGUUGUUCGUUGAGUGCACCAUCACUGUACAUAUCAUGUAAAUACAUGCUUUUAUGUUCAAUAAAUAGUACUCACGCACAUG